CACUGCUCACCCUUCCGGAUUCGGAGACCCGAGGAAACGGUGUCGGUCAGACCCCGCGGGCCGAGGCGCCGUCUUUUUUGGUUCCUCCGAGGCGCCGUAAAGGGAGUCCGGUGCGUCCCUAGCAACCGUUAGCGCCCGCUUCCCCGCGCAAGCUUGCCGAGUCCCGCCCACAAGCACUCGUGGUUGGCUCGUAGGGCCUGUCAAUCGGCACGAGUCGUUCUGCGAUUGGCCGGUGGGGCCGGAGGCGAGGAUGCGCUCCUUCCCGGCGGGUGAAGCGAACUUGGCUGGGAGACCCUGGCAGGCCCCAGAGCAUGGCAGCGGCCUGAGCGGGAAACUUGGGAUGCCGUCUUGAUGGCUUUCCUUCCGUGCUCAUCACCCAGUGUAUCUAGUUGUUCUCCUGGCCUGCCAGCUCCCCGAUGGAGGGCGGAGGCCCCGCCGAGAGCCCUGCCGUGCGGACCACCUCCGAGCCCCGCAGGUCCUCGUCCUCGGUGCACAGACACCUGAGCAGAAGGAAUGGGCUGGCGAAGCUGUGCCAGAGCAGGAUGGCCCUCUCCGAAGGCAGAUGGAGUUCCUACUGUCUGUCCUCGCUGGCUGCCCAGAAUAUGUGCGCGAGCAAGCCGCACUGCCUGGCCGCACCGGAGCGGUCAGACGCGGCCGGGUCCCUGGGGGGCGCGUCCUGCUGUUCCCUGCUGUGGGGCUUGUCUUCGGGGCGGUCCACGCCCCUGCUCCCGGCCCCCGUGUCCAACCCGAACAAGGCUGUUUUCACCGUGGACGCCAAGACCACAGAGAUCCUGGUCGCCAACGACAAGGCUUGCCAGCUCCUGGGGUACAGCAGCCAUGACCUGAUCGGCCAGAAGCUCACACAAUUCUUCCUGAAGCCAGAUUCCGACGUGGUGAAGGCCCUCAGCGAAGAGCAUGUGGAGGCUGACGGCCACGCCGCCGUUGCAUUUGGCACGGUGGUGGACAUCGUGAGCUGCAGUGGGGAGAAGGUUCCAGUUUCUGUGUGGAUGAAGAAGGUGAAGCGGGAACGCAGCCUCUGCUGUGUGGUCAUGCUGGAGCCCGUGGAGCGCGUCUCGGCCUGGGUCGCUUUCCAGAGCGAUGGAACCAUAACGUCGUGCGACAGUCUCUUCCCUCUCCUGUACGGGUACGCGUCCGGGGAGGAGGUGCUCGGGCAGCACAUGGCAGACCUCAUCCCUUCUGUGCAGCUGCCUCCGCCUGGCGAGCUCGUCCCACAGAAUCUCAAGAUUCAGAGGUCUGUCGGGAGAGCCAAAGAUGGCACCACCUUCCCUCUGAGCUUAAAGCUGAAAUCGGAGCCCAGAAGCGAGGUGGUGGAAGACAGCAGGGCAGUGCCUGAGCCGGGUUACUCGGCGUCAGUCUGGGUGUUCUCCACCAUCAGCGGCCUCAUCACCCUCCUGCCCGACGGGACCAUCUAUGGCAUCAACCACAGCUUUGCCCUGAUGCUGUUCGGUUACGGGAAGACGGAGCUCCUGGGCAAGAAUAUCACUUUUCUGAUUCCCGGUUUCUACGACUACAUGGAGCUCGCAUAUGACAGUUCCUUACCACGGCCAAACCUGACCAACUGCUUGGACGUUGGCAACCAGAGUGAGCCUGGGGAGAGUGCUGUGGACCCCCACCAGGGCUGGGACCCGGCCGGCGAGGCCAAGGGUCGGCCCAGCCUCUUCCUCCCAGAUUCCAGGGUUAAUGGCUCGCUUGUCGGAGACCACGAGCUGCCACGAGGCGAGACCCUAGAGGUAGCGGGAAGCCGAGAAGCCUUCGCAGGGACCGGGGGCCAGGCAGACCCCGGAGGCCACCUCCCUCCUGCCCUCCCGCCUCCGCCUGUUCCGCGAGGGGACAACAUCCCAGAAGGAAGCCUGCCAGCCCAGGAACGGUCAUUGCCCAAGGACCAGCAGAACAUCCCAGAAGGAUGCCCACCAUCCCAGGAACAGUCCUUGUCUGAGGGCCAGCGGAACAUCCCAGAAGGAUGCCCACCAUCCCAGGAACAGUCAUUGUCUGAGGGCCAGCGGAACAUCCCAGAAGGAUGCCCACCAUCCCAGGAACAGUCCUUGCCUGAGGACCAGCGGAACAUCCCAGAAGGAAGCUCACCAGCCUUCAGUAAGUGGUUAUUUCCUGAGGGCCAGCAGCAGAACACUCCAGAAGGAAGCCUGGCAGCCCUCAGAGAAAAGUCAUUGUCCAAGGACCAGCAGAACACCCUGGAAAGAAGCCCGACAACCCAGGAAUACUCGUUGUCCCAGGACCAGCAGAACCUCCCAGAGGGAUGCCCGCCAGCGCGUGGCCAGUGGUCCUUACCCGAGGCCCAGCGGGACACUGUCUUGGAGAAGGAGGAACGUGCAGCCCCGGAGAGCCUCGUACGGGACCUUGAGGGAAAAAGCGGGUCUGGCCCCGGGGACACGUGGACCUUUGCUUCACGUGAAGACUCUGAAGGCCCGGCUCCAGCAGAGGGUGGGAGCAGAAACCCAGGGGUGCGUGGCCCGCGCCAGGAGGCGCAGCUGGAGGGGGCAGGUGUGAGCAGUGCCGGUGGUUCAAACCAUCGGGCUGAUUCUGUCAUGCCCAGGCCCCAUGCUGCAGGCCAGCCGGCGGGACAGCGCCUCCUGCCGUGCUACCCCAGGCGCGGGGCUGAGCAGAACGCGCAGCCCGGAGGCCCCCCCAGGGCAGGGCCACCCUCGUUCUGGAAGCCUGUGCUAGAUGAGCCGCGGGCAGGGGAGAGUGACCGAGAUGAGCUGCAGACGUGCCUAAUUAAGGAGCAGCUGCCCAAGUGGAGCGUCGUGGGGCCACCGGGCGUCUCUCACACGGAGCGCCCCCUCUUCUCUGCCCCUGUGUCGCUGUGUGACCCGGGAGGUGGAGGCCCGCGCAGCCGUGUGGGCGGCUCCGCGGCUUACUACGCACUGGCCACAGACCUCCCCGGGGUCCUGGAUGCGGUGCAGGCCCGGGAGGCCGAUGGAAAUUCAUUUUCCUGGAAUCUCAAGGAACUCUUUUUCGGUGAACGGACAGACCGAACAUCCUCGAACCGUUCCUGUACCGCGUCGGAGCUUGUGGAGAUGGCCUCUCCUUCGCUGGCGGGCUCUGACGCAGACCUGAGUGGUCCGCACGGGCCCGGGUCACAAGUUCUGGACGACAGAGAGCUGUUGCUCCUGACGGGCACCUGCUUGCGUCUUGGUGAAGUCCAGCAGCCUCGCGAGAGCUGUCUGGGGCGCGGCCCGGCCGAGCCCUCUGAGACCCGUCUGGCGUCCUCAGGACCCUGCAAAGCGAGGGGCAGAGAGAACCCCACCUGCGUCCUUCCCACGCCGGGAGCUGGCUCCGUGGAGGUGUGCCCGUUGGAGGAGCCCAGGCUGAGCUUCCAGGUCACCUCCACGCCUGUGAAAGGGGACAGCCCGGCGAUGCCCGGGGCCCCUCUGCAGCAUGAGAUCCAGGAGGGCACCUAUUCCGGCAGCUGUUACCACCGAGACGGCUCGUGGCUGAGUGUGCAGUUUGAGGUGAAGCGGGUGGAGCUCCAGGGCUCCGCGACCCUGUUCUGCUGCUGGCUCGUGAAAGACCUGCUACGCAGCCACCGGGACUCGGCCGCGCGGACCCGCCUGCUCCUGGCCAGCCUGCCCAGCUCCAGCCACUCCAUGUGCGAGCUUUCUGGACCCAGCACAGGGGAGAUGCUCAGGAGCAAGCCCUGGUUUGAGGAGCCUCCGACGGCUCUGGAGGUGGAGGGGCUGGCCGCCUGCGAGGGCGCGUACUCCCGCAAGUACAGCACGCUAAGCCCACUGGGCAGCGGGGCCUUCGGCUUCGUGUGGACCGCGGUGGACAGAGAGGAGAAUAAGGAGGUGGUGGUGAAGUUUAUUAAGAAGGAGAAAGUGUUGGAGGAUUGUUGGAUUGAGGAUCCCAAACUUGGAAAAGUUACUUUGGAGAUUGCGAUUCUGUCCAGGGUGGAGCACGCCAACAUCAUCAAGGUGGUGGACGUAUUUGAAAACCAAGAGUUCUUUCAGCUGGUGAUGGAGAAGCACGGCUCCGGCCUGGACCUCUUUGCGUUCAUCGACCGCCACCCCGGCCUGGACGAGCCCCUGGCGAGCUACAUCUUCCGACAGCUGGUGUCGGCAGUGGCCUACCUGCGCUCCAAGAGCAUCAUUCACCGGGACAUCAAGGACGAGAACAUCGUGAUCGCGGAGGACUUUACCAUCAAGCUGAUCGACUUCGGCUCUGCUGCCUACCUGGAGAAGGGCAGGCUGUUUCACACGUUCUGUGGGACCAUCGAGUACUGUGCGCCCGAGGUGCUCCUGGGAAACCCGUACAAGGGGCCGGAGCUGGAGAUGUGGUCACUGGGGGUCACGCUGUACACGCUGAUCUUUGAGGAGAACCCUUUCUGCGAGCUGGAGGAGACCAUGGAGGCCGUGAUCCACCCGCCAUAUCUGGUGUCAGAAGAUCUCAUGAACGUCCUGUCUGGGCUGCUGCAGCCUAUCCCCGAGCAGCGCACCACCUUGGAGAAGCUGGUGACAGACCCCUGGGUGACACAGCCUGUGAACCUUGCUGACUACACCUGGGAUGAGGUGUGUCGAGUGAACAAGCCAGAAAGUGGAGGUCUGUCGUCGCUGAGUCUGGAGAUGGAGAGCAGGUGCGCGAGGGAAGUGGCCCCAGAGCCAUGCGGGGCCUUGUGCCCUAGGGGCGGCCCCUGCUGAGCGGACACCAGCUCCCUGCUCCUCUGUAUCACUCUGGAGGACUGAAUUGUUUUCGGGCCUCUUCCAUUCAGAGAAAGUAAACUCUCAAGAACUAGGCCCAGUUCACGUUCUAAAAGCUCACAUGCAAGUUUAAAAAAAUGCUAGAACAAAAGCCAGUGAUGCUGUAAGAUUUUAGGUUUAUAAAUAGACUUGGAAUUCACUUUUGUCACGACCUCGGGAAAGCGUUCUAGUGCCGGGUUGAAGUUUGUACUGUUAAAGGGCUUUCACUUGUGGACUUCGGAAAGGUGUAAAGUUUUUUAGUCUUUCUGCUUUUGUAUAUACACAUGUGUUUUUGUCUCCUCUGACUGGACAAGUGCCCAUCGGAUGUGUGGAGUUUGUAGAACUGGUUAGCAACUGACCAGACUAUUUCAUUAACUUAUUUUCUUGAACAUUUUCCAAAUUAAAGCAAUUUUGUAGUAAACAGUUA